AUGAGCAAGGCUAAAGUCGGUAUCAAUGGCUUUGGCCGAAUCGGUCGUCUUGUUUUGCGUGCGGCUAUGUGCAAGGGUACAAUCGAUGUCGUAGCCGUUAAUGAUCCUUUCAUUGAAUUGAAAUACAUGGUUUAUAUGUUUAAGUAUGAUUCAACUCACGGACCAUUCACCGGAGACGUGUCAAUGAGCGAUGGGAAGCUCGUCAUCAAUGGACAUCGAAUUUCUGUUUAUAAGGAGCUUAACGCCGAAGCUAUUCCCUGGGACAAAGACGGUGCAUACUACGUUGUGGAAUCGACUGGUAUAAACACGACUGUGGACAAGGCCUCGGUUCACCUGAAAAAUAACAGAGCCAAAAAGGUUAUCAUUAGUGCUCCGUCGUCGGAUGCUCCCAUGUUUGUUUGUGGUGUCAACCUAGAAAAGUAUGAUCCAUCAAUGACCGUCGUUUCAAACGCCUCAUGCACAACGAACUGCCUAGCCCCUCUAGCUAAAGUAAUUCAUGAGAAUUUCGGAAUGGUUGAAGGCCUAAUGACAACAAUCCAUUCGUAUACUGCUACACAGAAAAUUGUUGAUGGACCAAAUGCAAAAGGCUGGCGUGAUGGAAGAGGUGCCGCCCAAAACAUAAUUCCUGCAGCGACUGGUGCAGCAAAGGCAGUUGGAAAGGUUAUCCCUGAAUUAAAUGGAAAAUUGACUGGAAUGGCCUUCCGAGUUCCCUGUCCGGAUGUUUCUGUAGUGGAUCUAACAUGCAAAUUGGCAAAACCGGCCACUUACGACCAAAUCAAAGAGGCUGUUAAGGCCGCAUCUCAAAGUCCUGGCCUAAAGGGAAUUCUUGCAUACACAGACGACGAAGUAGUGAGCAUGGACUUCCGAACCAGUACAGCCUCUUCCACAUUUGACGCAAAAGCCGGUCUUUCACUAAAUGACACUUUCUGCAAACUGAUCUCAUGGUACGAUAAUGAAUACGGUUACAGUUGCCGUGUGGUCGAUCUCAUAGUGCAUAUGUUCUCCAAGGACAACUAG